AUGGGGUUCGAUUCGAUCUUCAUCCAUGUCGGCACGCAGAGGAGGAAGGCAGGACUUGAAGGGCAAAUAAGACUGGAAUACGACAACACGCUAGCUAUUGCCAAGGCUGUCAAGGGUUUCGGGUGUAGAAACUGUCACAUUGUGACUUCAACCGGGGCAAACGCUAACUCGAGCAUCAUGUAUCUGAAGACCAAGGGCAGGAUAGAAGAAUCAUUGAAGUCGUGA